GCGAAGCAGUGGACAGCGCUCAUCAAUAGAUACACGGAUAAAGAUAAGGCUAUAUAAUACGCUUUGGCUAGUGGAUAUUUACAAUUGUUUUAAAGUAGCCUAACGUGAUACGAGGAUUUUUUUUAUUUGGAAGAGAGAGGAUAUUGUUUUUGCGACGGAGUGGCUUUGCGCGUCAAUAUACCUUAUUCACUGGAAUGUUAUCGAGUAAAUUACUUCGAUUUGACUCGUGAAAAAGUGAAAAGCAUGAGCCUUUAUAGCCUACGUAUGCUUUCAAGUUCAUAGCCCACGAAUACCGGUCGCGUUAGACGUUUGUUGUAUUUCACUAGAGCAUAUUUAACCACGGUAUCCAAUUUUGGCAGUAUACGGUAAUAGCUUCUGCUUGUCUGCCAAAAGAUGACGGAAAACAAUGAGAAGGAGAAUGAACCGCAACACCGGGACCUCCAUCGUUGCCAGAGCACUGUGCCUAUUCAGCCCGAAUCAAAGCUGCAGCGACUAAAGCGCUCCUUGUCCUUCAAGUCAGUGAUGCGCAGCAAGAGCGUGGACAACUUCUUCCAGCGCCCCAGCAACGGGGAAGUCCGUCUGCCCUCUGGGAUCAUCCACGAGCCUCCUCUGACCUCCUUGCCACCACCCUUCGGGGAGACGCCCCUGACCUGCGAGCGCUCACCCUCCCUCUCCCCUUCACUCAGCCCCAACCCCUCGCUUUCGUCCCGCUCACCCUCCCUCAGUCCCUCCCUCUCCCUGACCUCCAAAGCCCAGCUCCAGGGCCGGCUGGUGAAGACCCACUGUUUCCAGGAGCACGUAUUCCGUCGGCCCACCUGCUGCCAGCAAUGCAAACACGUGAUCCAGGGGAACUCCAAGCAGGGUCUGCGCUGUAAAGCCUGUAAGCUGGGCGCCCACCUCUGGUGCUCCUCUGAGCUGUCCCAACAGCCCUGCACAGGAAAGACGGGGGCCUUUAAACGGAACUUCAGCUCCCCUCUCUUGACUAACGAUAUGUUAGGGGUGGUCAAGGAAGCUCCACCAUCGCAAGAGUCUGAUAAAGGGGGAGUUGACCCUGUGUAUGAGGCUCUGCGUUAUGGAACGUCGCUGGCACAGAUGAGUCGCUCUAGCUUCGGAAGCAUCACUGAGUCCCCCAUUCAUAAGGUGGAGAGAGUAGGGGAGGGACUGGAAACGCAACCAAUCGUUGAGGAGGAGUUUGUCCCAGAGACUGAGACUCUCAAUCCUCCUGAAAGUGAGGCUGAUUCAGAGGACAGGGUCAGUCUGAAGACUCCAAAGCGCAUCGACGUCCACUCUGUACACACCUAUGUGGCUCUGUACAAGUUCAUCCCUCAGGAGAAGAAUGAUCUGGAAUUACAACCUGGCGAUCGAGUGCAAGUAACUGAUGACUCCAAUGAGGACUGGUGGAAGGGGAAAAGCAAAGACAAGCUGGGUUUCUUCCCCGCCAACUUUGUACAGAGAGUGCGCCCAGGUGAGCGUGUGUGGAAGGUCACGGGUGGUUUCCAUGGUGACCGUGACAGAGGGCAGAUGACUGUGAAAGAGUCUCAGAUCUGUGUGGGGAAGAACGAAGAGUUGGAUGGUUUCCUAAAGCUGAGCAGUGGGAAGAAGAGAGGUCUUGUCCCUUCCAAGUACCUUCUGGAGAUAUGACUUCCGUCAAAGAAGGGAAUUCUUUGUGUCCCGACCCUCGUUCUGCCCUGAAGACCACCCUCUAUCAGGAGCGCUUCCCUGACACCUCACUGACUGCCAACUCCCUGGAUGUGGAAAUGGACCCUCCCACCAACACCAGAAAACAUAGAGAGGGAGGGAGAAUAUGGUGGACACUGGCCAGGAUCGAAUUGGUUUCACUGCUUUGCUUGGAGUGGUGGAAUAAUUUAGAGUUUGAGAGAAAGGAGGGGGGAGGGCUUCUGUUGAGCUAGCUGCUUUACCUGUGGUGUACCCUCACACUCUUUUACCUGUUCACGCACACACACACACACACACACACACACACACACACACACACACACACACACACACACACACACACACACACACACACACACACACACACACACACACACACACACACACACACACACACACACACACACUGCACAAAGACACUGAUGCUAACAAUGGCCCUGGAGCUUGGGCGGCGUGACUGUAGCAGGCAGUGGUUGUCUGAAAGAUGUAUGGAUACCUCACAAUCUUCACAAGCACAGCUUCUGCUUGAGCCAAGGUGGAGAAGACUGGCAGUUAUUCGCCGUGUGGUCGUGUGACCUUUUGGAUUUCAUGUGAAAGUGAAAUUUGGACAUUUUUCUGAGUCCAAGUUCUGUAGCAUUUUAUUGUAGCAUAUGGUAUAGCCGCAUUCCCUGUGGCGCAGAUUAUUUAGCACAUUGGGGCAAACCAAAGUGGGUAGGUGGUGGGGGUAGAAGGGAGCCUCAAGGGCCCUAUGCUUGAUUUGAGGAUUGUAGCUUGGACAAUGUAAUUGAAAGUGUACUGUUGAGUCAAAUUUAUUGAUGCAUGCUUCACUCACUCCCUGACCAUUGGGAGGUUCAGGUCCUAGCAUUUAAUCUUUGUUAACCCCCUACUUUGCUUUACAUUGCUCAAUCCCAUUUGACAAUUUGUUUAGCUAAAUGGCUUCCGUGGCAUCAUCCAGGUGCUAAAUAAUAUCAAACCCAUGAUCGUCAAUGAUCUUUACUAUUAAGAAGGGUUUGGCCAGGAGAGCGAGGGGAGACAGACACACAUGUUAAUCCUGCUGUGAUGUCCUUCCCAACGAUGCGUGAUUAUUUGGGACCUCUGUCCCUCUUCCCCUAUUUAUUUUCCCCACCUCUCUGUCUGUCACACAUGCUCUCUGUCUAGCACUCUCUCCCUCUCUGUGAUCACUGAAGGCUUAGAGAUCUGUGACUGCAGCAGAGGUCACAGCGGUCACAGCACUGAGACAGUGUAGCAUGAUAAGACACUCAGACACAAAGCUUAACCUAAAAGUCAGAUUCCUCCCUCUAUAUGGGCUCCUCCGCAGGCCUCUGGAUGUCAGCCAUUUUCAUAGCAUUUUAUUGUAAGUUAGUAAUACAUUAUUCUCAUGGAAUGUUUUGGGAUGCAACCACCCGACAGAAUUAUUUUCACAUGCGCGAUGUCCUCAGCCCUUUUGGUAAUGCCAUGUUGUGUCUUUUUUUUCUUCUGCAGAGAAAUAGUCUGUAUCUUGUGUUGAAACAUACCAUUCUAACACUCUCAAAUGCCUAGGCCAGACAAAGGAUGUUUUUGUGCAUCCCGCUGAAUUGAGAGUGAAAUGUCUAUGAAACACUGGAUACAACGUCCUGUGGAUGUCAUUACUUUCUUUACUGAUUUAUUCACUCUAGGAUUCACUCCAUAGCAGUCAGAAGCUUUCUUGGCAAUAACCACUUAGUACCAGUCAAAAGUUUGGACAUACCUACUCAUUCAAGGAUUUUUCUUUAUUUUUACUAUUUUCUACAUUGUAGAAUAACAGUGAAAACAUCAAAACUAUGAAAUAACACAUAUGGAAUCAUGUAGUAACUAAAAAAGUGUUAAACAAAUCAAAAUAUAUUUUAGGUUUUUGAUUCUUCAAAGUUGCCACCCUUUGCCUUGACGACAGCUUUGCACACUCUUGGCAUUCUCUCAACCAGCUUCAUGAGGAAUGCUUUUCCAACAUUCUUGAAGGAGUUCCCACAUACGCUGAGCACUCGUUGGCUGCUUUUCCUUCUCUCUGCAGUCCAAUCCAUCCCAAACCAUCUCAAUUGGGUUGAGGUCGGGUGAUUAUGGAAGCCAUGGCAUCUGAUGUAUCACUCUCCUUCUUGGUCAAAUAGCCCUUAGUCAAAUAACUUUUACAACGAUGGUGUAGGCAGUCAUUGUAAAUAAGGAUUUGUUCUUAACUGACUUGCCUAGUUAAAUAAUUAAUUCAAAUAAAAAAUGUAAACAACAUUUUUACAGCCUGGAGGGGUGUUUUUGGUCAUCGUCCUGUUGAAUAACAAGUGAUAGUCUCACUAAGCACAAACCAGAUGUGAUGGCGUAUCGCUGCAGAAUGCUGUGGUAGCCAUGCUGGUUAAGUGUGCCUUAAAUUCUAAACAAAUCACUGACAGUGUCACCAGCAAAGCACCCCACACCAUCACACCAUCACACCUCCUCCUCCAUGCUUCACGGUGGGAACCACACAUGUGAAGAUCAUCCGUUCACCUACUCUGCGUCUCACAAAGACACUGUGGUUGGAACCAAAAAUCUCAAAUUUGGACUCAUCAGACCAAAGGACAGUUUUCCACCGGUCUAAUGUCUAUUGCUGGUGUCUCUUCUUGUUAUUACUGUCUUUUAGUAGUGGUUUCUUUGCUGCAAUUCGACCAUGAAGGCCUGAGUCACACAGUCUUCCCUGAAGUGAUGAUGUUGAGAUGUCUGUUACUUGAACUCUGUGAUGCAUUUAUUUGGGCUGAAAUUUCUGAUGCUGGUAAAUCUAAUAAACGUAUCCUCUGCAGCAGGAGGUCCUCAUGAGAGCCAGUUUCAUCAUAGCGCUUGAUGGUUUUUGCGACUGCACUUAAAGAAACUGUGCUGGAUUGACUGACCUUCAUGUCUUAAAGUAAUGAUGGACUGUCAUUUCUCUUUGUUUAUUUGAGCUGUUCUUGUCAUAAUAUGGACUUGGUCUUUUACCAAAUAGGGCUAUAUUCUGUAUACCACCCCUACCUUGUCACAACAUAACUGAUUGGCUCAAAUGUAGUAAGAAGGAAAGAAAUUCCACAAAUUAACUUUCAAGAAGGCAGACCUGUUAAUUGAAAUGCAUUCCAGGUGACUACCUCAUGAAGCUGGUUGAGAGAUUGCCAAUAGUGUGCAAAGCUGUCAUCGAGGCAAAGGGUGCCUACUUUGAAUAAUCUAAAAUAUAUUUGGAUUUGUUUAACACUUUUUUUGGUUACUACAUGAUUCCAUAUGUGUUAUAUCAUAGUUUUGAUGUCUUCACUAUUAUUCUACAAUG